GUAUAUCUGGACGGGUUGACCUGAAUCUGUGACAUUUGGUUUGGCAAGGGCGCUCUUUCUGCGGACUGCUUCGCCUUGGCACACGUAAACCACAAUCGGCCUCGAAUCUUAUACGUAGGCAUCGCUGCAAUGAGCGCGCGUUCAACCAGAGCAAAGGGCGCCGCUCCAGUGCAGGAGGACAGCCGCGAUGCUGGACCGGCACAGGGCAAGAUUACAGAUGUGUUCCGUCAGAGCGUGCAAGGCGCGGCAGCGGCGCAGAAGUCGCAAAAGCCUGCCUUAAUCGGCACCAGGAAUGCCACGAAGCGGACCCUGGCCCUGGCCGCGCGAACGGCGGCCGUCACGCAGGCCGCGAGCGUCACCCCUGCGCCCCCGCCGGCGACCACGCCCAAGCGCAAGCGCCGCGGCGAGGACACGGAGCAGGACAAUGACGUCGUGUUGGUAGAGCACGACGAAGAGCAGCAGCAGCAGCAGGAUGGAGAUGAGGAUAUGGAGGAGACGGAGGCCGUUGCCGCCGCAGCGAAGGCCCCCAACGCGCGCGGGAGAGGCCGCCGCGCCGGCGCCGCGGCCCCGGCCCCGCCCGAAGCAGACAAGGCCGCUGGCACGGCUGCGGCGGCACAACGCCGCUCCACACGCGCCAAGGCGGCAGCAGCUGCGGAGGCACCGGUGCCGGCCGGCAAGGCUUCAGGCAAGGGCGGCGCAGCCGCUGCCGCGGCCCCCGCUGCGCGAGGGAAGAAGGACGGUGGCGAGGCGGCCGCGGCGGCUGGGGGUCGCAGCACUGUGCGCCACAUGAACAGCUGGGAGGUGCACGGCGAGAAGAUCCACGUGGGGGACGACGUGUACGUGGUGGAGGCGGAGGACUCCUCGCAGCUGCCCGGCGACGACGAGGACGAGCCCUGCUGCGUGUGCAGCCGCAACACCGACACGCGCCGCAUGGUGGAGUGCGACCGCUGCCUGCGCGGCUUCCACUUCCGCUGCCUCAAGCCGGCACUCAAGAAGCUGCCCGAUGGCGACUGGCUGUGCCCCGACUGCGUUGCGGGUGUCCCCGCCACCGCGCACGCCGACCGCCACAUCGCCACCUCCAGUCAGGCAUUCCUGUUCGGGAACAAGAUCCUGGGCCUGGCCCGUGUGACGGGCUGGAUGAAGGACCGCAAGGGCGAGGUGCAGGUGGUGGUGCGGCACUACAAAAAGCCGGAGGAGACACAUAUGGGCCGACAGGCUCACCACCACCCGCGCGAGGUGUUCCUGGGCGUGGGCGAGCACGUGGAGUCGGCGGCCUGCAUCUGGAGCCGAGCCGACGUGGUGGGGCCCGCCCGCUUCGCCGAGACCGGCGGCACCGACACCUACAUAUGCGAAUACGAGUACGACGACCGCUGGAAGCGCUUCCGCCGGCGCCUGGCCUCAGAUGAGGACCCCAGCGCCGCCGCCGCCAGCGACGACGACGACGAGUGGGGCGCCGCCGUGCCCUCCACGGCCGCAGCCGGCGGUAAACGCCGCGGCGCUGGCGCCGGCGCCGCCCGCGGCGGCCGCGGCCGGGGUGGUGCCGACGCGGCUAGCAGCGGCGAGGAGUACGAGGCGGAGGAGUCGGAUGAGUCCGACCGGGACGAAGAGUACAAGCCGCGCAACACGCUGGAUGGCUGGGUGAUCCGCAAGCCGCGCGGCGCGGGCGCGGCCCGACCCGGCCUGCCCACCCGGCAGGCGGCGGGCGGUCGCGGCCGCGGCCACUCCUACAAGGCGCUUCUGGACGAGGAGGGCACGGGCCUGCUACUGGACCAGGGCGCGGCGGCGGUGCCAGAGCGCGGGCCCGUGGGGCCCCUGGCGGCGGCCCGGCGCGCGCUGGCGCUCAACAACACGACCGGCGGGCUGCCGUGUCGCGAGACCGAGAAGACGGCGCUGCGGCGCUUCAUCAGCGGCGCAGUGGAGGAGGGCGGCGACUCUCCGGGCGUACUGUACGUUUGCGGCGUGCCCGGCACCGGCAAGACGGCGUGCUGCAUGGAGGUGCUGGGCGGCGUGCGGCAGCAGGCGCAGGCCAGCGGCGUGCAGCUGGUGAUCCUGAACGCGCUGCAGCUGCCCAGCCCGCAGCACGUGUACUCCAAGCUGUGGGAGCGCAUGAGCGGACAGCGCUGGGGGCCGGCGCGCGCACUCAAGGCGCUGGAGGAGGCGUUUUCGGGCGGCGUGGGGGCGGCGGCCGGGCGGCGGCACAUGACGCUGCUGAUCGUGGACGAGAUCGAUGUGCUUAUCACCAAGGACCAGGCGGUGCUGUACAACCUGUUUGAGUGGCCCAUGCGCGAGGGCUCCCGCCUGGCCGUCAUCGGCAUCUCCAACACACACGACCUGGACAGCCGCGUGCUGCCGCGCAUCGCCAGUCGGCUGUCUGGCUCCAAGCUGGCGUUCAACCCCUACAACUUUGAGCAGCUGCAGCUCAUCCUCAACAGCAGGCUGCAGGGCGUCACCGCGGUGGCCAAGGGCGCCCUCGACUUCUGCGCGCGCAAGGUCGCCUCCACCACCGGCGACGUGCGCCGCGCGCUGGAGCUGCUGCGCCGAGCCACCGAGAUCGCGGAGACGGAGCGGGCGGCGGCGGCGGCGGCGCGGGGGCAGCCGCCGCCCGAGGACCUGACCGGCGCGGUCGGCGUGCGCCAGGCCCAGGCCGCCAUCAAGGAGAUGUACGGUAGCCUGCACAUGACGCUGCUGCGCGCCGCCGGCCUGGCGCCCAAGCUGGUGCUGGUGGCGCUGCUGGUGGAGGCGCGCGCCACAAACAGGCCCGAGGUCACAGUGGCGGCCCUGCACGCGCGCCUCACCUCCCACCUGGCGCUGCUGACUCCCGCCGCCGCGCUGCCUCUGAGCCGCGUGGUGGAGGCGGCGGCGGCGCUGGGCGGGCAGCGGCUGGUGCUGGCGGAGCCGGGCUGGCAGGGGCCGGCCAUGCGCCUGACACUCAACGUGCCGCAGGACGACCUGGUGAGCCUGCUGCGCGGCGACCCCGCCCUGGCCGCCGUGCAGUCCUGCCUGGCGUGAGCGAGGUAGGCGGAGGGGUAAAACAGGGGGAGGAGGAGGGAGAGGAGGAGGAGCAAAACGAAGGGGAGGAGACUGGGCCAGGCUGGCAGGCCAGCAUGGAAAGUGGAGUGCGAUGGACGGAGGCGGCUGACUCGUGCCCAAGCGGCGCAGCAGCGCGUGCAUACGGCGGGUGUUGCGGUCGUAGCAAGGGCGUGGGCAGCCCCCAGCCGGUUGACCUGGGAGACGGGUAGGCGUGUGAUGUAGCGUGCCGCGGCAGUCGGGCAGUGUCGACGGUGUAGUAGUGAGGCUGGGUAGGACGACUUGCCAGGGCAAGGUUCAGGGCAAGGCUGGGCAGGAGGCACCAUGCGGCGCGCGAGUAGGGAUGGUCAGGAGGAGACACUGCAAGGGCUUAUGCCUGUGAAGCCAUUGCUUGUGCGUGACAUGAGUCAUUCGCAGUGGGGUAGAGCGUAUGUACACAGUAUGCAUGCACGGCCUCCAGGUAGGAGCGCCACUUGGUCAUGUACGUCGACGGUUUUGGGGUGGUCUGCUAGGAACGUGUGUGUCGCGUGCACAGGUGUGGUUGUGGCUAGGCUGCUGCCACGUUGACAAGGGGGUUGGUGCGGCGCGGCUAGCGUUCGUUCACCGGCGUUUAGCCUCGCGAGGACAGCAGACCCGGGCGUUUCCCCGGCUGCUGUGGCGUCCGAAGGCCGCGGGCUGGGGCACCACCAAACACCUCCUAACAUGACUGCACCAACACGUGCUCCGCGAUGACGCUUCUAAGCAACCUUCUGCUGCCAGUUACGCAAGGCAGUUAGGGGCGAAGGAUAAAUUGCCUCGUGUAUUGGUGGCGCACGUCUGCGCCCGUUUUCGCACCGGCGGGAGUUAGGCCGAGUCAAGUGGCGGGCGCUGCGGGGCGCUUGGGACUGACGGCCGAUUAAAGCUUGUUAGAAAGCCGCCGUAGUUCUAUUUUGUUAACGCCAGCUUCUGGUGGAUAACGACCGAGUAUGAUCCUCUGCGGAGCGGGCACGGGCAGGCGUGCAUCAGGGCGUGCAUGCGCGUCCUGUCAUGCAAUUAAUAACAUUCGGUGUCUGAUUUACCUCUAAAGUAUGCGUUUUAACGUGCACCGACCGGCGCUGCAAAAGGUCCCUUGACGCUCACAUUUAUGGUACUGAGAUCCGUCGUUUCACAUG